CUCUGCUACGUCGCCGUCGCCGUCACUGUCGGUCUCUACUGCCACAACUGUCGUAAUGCAUUAGAUGCUUUUUACGGUUGGAAACAUGAAGGUUUGCCUCCUGUUAAAGUUCCUUCUGCUGCUCAAUGGAAAUUCAGAAGAACCCAAGGGAAGAAAUUUCAGAGGGGAGCUCAGGCCUCCAUUAGGAGGAUUGCACACUGCAGCUUGAUGUCGCUGCGCUCACAUGAAAAGAACCAAUUCUUUUCUGUGAUGAGAUUACUUUUGGUUGAUAAAGUGCUACUUAGAUUGUGGGACACCCGCAUCUAUUGUGUUUUUGAUGGGAGUGCACAUCCUGCCAUUCUUCGAGAUAGAUGUUGGAAGGAAAGCACAUAUCAAUCUUUAUCUACUGUGAAAGAAUACAAGGGAUUUUCAAAAUUUGGUAUGGUUUGAAGAGUUGGAUUAAACUGGGAGAAGUGGAAUAAAUGGAAAUUGGAAAGUAUGAGAUAGAUUCCUAACUGCUGGGAAACCAGACUACAAUCACUUACAGCUAUUGGUUUCAAUUAGAUGAGGCUAACAUCUCCAUCACCGGUGUAUAGUGGUAUCUUCGCCACGGUUCCGCAGGUUCAAGACAGGUUUCAGGGAAGGUAUUGAAGCAGCACCAAGAAAGAAGGUUGCAGCAGCUUCUGCUAAAAAGGCAAAUUGUAAUGGUAUGAGGUUUUGUUUUGGAUGAAGCCAUGUUUAUGAGGAAACAUUUAGUGAUAAAGAGUGAAAUUAUGUUCCAUUGGAUGCUUUAGUUGUUAUUUAGUUUCUAUUUGAAUGUAGUUGUCUUAAAUUUUGAACAAUUAUUGGAGCUAAUGUUUGACCUUUAAUUUCUUCAUUGUCUUUUUUUUUUUUAA